AGGCCCCCGGCUGGAAUUCCCCCCCCCCCCCCGCUCCGCACCUAGAAUCCUUUAUAGGCCUCGGCUCGGCGCAAAGCCCUUGCAGGCCGCGUUGCGCCUGGCGGCCCCAGCGCCGCCUCUUUCCGGAAGGGCAUCCUUGCAGGCUAUCCUUGAGUCAGCAGCCCGGGUCCUUCCUCUCUGCUGCGCAGUCCAUGUGGGUUUCCCCCCCUUGCACGUGGGAAGCUGGCAGCAGAGUUUAAAGGCACCAGGGUCCUCUUGGCUUAUAGAGCUGCUUUCUGUAAGGAAGGAAGCAGAAAAGGCAAGGAAACAGUCUCCGAGUCAGCGGCUGGGUUUGGAGGCCUCUCCCUUGUUUGCACGUGUCGAUUCCAAGUUUGUGUACCCAAGGUAUUGUUGAGAGCAGCAAGACGGUCCCCAAAAGGGCAGUAAUAAUAAUAAUAAUAAUUAAUUAAUCGGCUGGGCAAUCGGAAUGAGCAGCGGGUGGGAAAACUCCUCUGCGAGAAAAGGUUACAACAUUUGGGGAUUUUUAGUUUAGGGGUCAGGGAGACGAGUUGAGGGGGGAGACGUGUCAGAAGUGCUGGAGGAUUGGUGUUCUUAUGCUUAGGAUGAAAAAUGCCAUCUUGGGAUGGAUGGUAUUUGCUAUUCCCCCCCACCCCCAGACUGCUAUCUCCGUGAAAACUGAAGCCACCCUGCACUGAAUCACUACAAUAUCUCUUUAAAACUUUACAGGAUCUCUAGUUGAAAAUGCAGCGCAAGAAAGUGGACAAUCGCAUCCGGAUACUGAUCGAGAAUGGAGUAGCUGCACGGCACAGGACACUUUUUGUUGUCGUAGGGGAUCGUAGCAAAGAUCAGGUGAAGUGCAGCCCGUGACUUCUUUUCUCUAAUGUAUAUAACCUUCAUCCGGGGGCUGUUAAUGCGCUUGUGGAAAGUGCUGGCUUCUUAUUUGGGAGAUUUGUGCAAGCAGUUAAAAGAAAAGCAGUGGCCGCAUGUGCUUGCUUCAUUCAGCUUGGGAUUGCUGCUCAUCAUAAAUCUAAAUUGGGGAUGGGGAACCUGCAGCCCUUCAAAAGUUGUUGGAUUACAAUUUCUGUCAUCCCUAACCAUUGGCCAUGCUGGUUGGGGCUAUGGGAGCUGGAGUUCAGCAACAUCAGGAGGGUCACUGGUUCCCUACCCUUGAGUAACAUGGUCAUUUUCCAGGGACUUUUUACACUGUGACCCAUUUCUGCAGAGAAGGUAUAUGCAGCGAUUUCCAUUGUUGUUGUUUUGAUACCCACCCUUCACCCCCAAGCUCCAAGGGCAAUUUAAAAAUACAACAUUAAAAACAGUGCAAAACUAAUUGCAUAUCAAAGUAUCAAAGGCCAGGGUAAAGAGCUGUGCCUUCUUCAGCAUACAGCAGAAAUACAGUGAAUAUUUUGGAUGCACUUCUGCGGGGAGGGAGUUCCAUAACUUAGGGGCUGCCACAGAUAAUUCCAUCUCCUGGGUCACCUACCUCCUGAACUGAGGGACUACCAAGAGGGUCCCCUCUGCUGAGGGUUUGUAGAGAAAGAGAAGCUAAAAUCAUUGCUAUCUGUGAAAAUCUAUCUGUAUAUUGCUGGUUUACUUAGGAAAAAUGUCAUGAGGUUGUACUUCCACGUGUGCCCACAAAUUACUUUUUGAGUUGGAACUUUAACUGAAGGAUCUGGGAGUAUUUUAUUGAUGACAGUUUAUAUUCCAUUCCCAUAACUAGUGUUCUCUUGGCAGAUUAAUAAAUAAAUGCAUUCAAACUAUAAACUAUAGAGCAUGAAACCUAUCAAGCAGCAGCAUUCUCAAGCACAAAAGUCUUGUUGUGCGAUCAGACCUUGUUUCUUGCAUACAUUCCCCACCUAGUCCUACACUGAAUUCCAUACAGUAUCUGUCUUUUCAGUUAAGGUUUCUUUUUUUUAAGUCUCUGUCAUGAGUGUCAUUUUUAUUAUUCCAUACCCCAUUGUUUUGUAGCACAAGGUUAUAUGUGAAAGUUCUGGCACUGCUCUCAAAAGUGUAGGCAAAGCAUAAAUCUAAUUGUAUUUCUAAAGUCUUCCUGUUUGCUUUCCAGAUUCUUUAUUUCAGUGUUGUCUUUGUUCGGAGGUAAUAAUAGGUUUUAUUGCCUUACAGGUAGUCAUACUUCAUCAUAUGUUGUCUAAAGCAGCUGUAAAGGCUAGACCAUCAGUAUUAUGGUGUUAUAAAAAAGAGCUAGGCUUCAGCAGGUAAAAACAUUUGUAUGACUUUUCUUUCUUUUUUUGAAAAAUUGCAACUAUGUGGUGAGGCUCUAACGUAUUAAAUCCUUGAACCUGGUGGGACUUUAUUCUGAGUUAACACGCACAGAAUUGCAUAUUUGAGUAUGUGAUAAUUUCCUCAGUGAGGACUUCCAAUUUAAUUUCCUGUAUCUUCCCUCCAGCCACCGUAAAAAAAGAAUGAGGCAGUUGCAGAAGAAAAUUAAAACUGGAAUGUUAGAUCUGAAACAAGAUGACCCGUUUGAGUUGUUCAUAGCAGCCACAAACAUUCGGUACUGUUACUACAACGAGACACACAAAAUUCUUGGAAAUACUUUCGGCAUGUGCGUCCUCCAGGUAGGAAGACGUUCAAUAUAGGAGAGUCAUUUUCUUCAAGUUAUUUGGGCACUUUACUUGCUCCUUAACUCUAGUCUUCAUCUGCACUAUCCAUAAUGUUCCCUGUAGCAGAUAUCUUUACUCUUAAGUGCAAAAUCGUACCAAACGUAUUUUCCACAUUGCAUUACUAACAAAAAUAAAAAUAUAAAAUGGCAUUUGAUACCAUAGCUUCAUGUUUCAUUUCUGUGAAAUACAAGCCAUGCUCAGGAUAAUAUCUCAGCUGAAGACAGAAGUUUCCCAUUUUGGGUGAACCAUGAAACUGGUUACCAGUUCCAGAAGAAGCCUUCAUCUUAAAUCGUGCUUUGAAGUUCCGGGUUCAGCUAAAAAAGAAACUAUGAUAAUUGCAGACCUUGAUUCAGAUACACCACAAGGAAGAAGGGACUGCAUGCAUGAGCAAAACUCUUGCUUCUAUCUCUGCUUAUUAAGAUAUGAUCCAUCUAAACUGGACCAUCAUGUUGCAGAUUGUUGUCUGACUCCAUUUGUACAAGAAUGUCCAUUCUUGGCACUGCACAUUUUUUGCGGGCACAUUACUUAAGACGGUGCGUCAAUUUUCGGCACAAUCUUUUCCAGGACUUUGAAGCUUUGACUCCCAAUUUGCUGGCUCGUACAGUUGAAACCGUGGAAGGCGGCGGCAUCGUGGCGAUUCUUCUGAGAACAAUGAACUCCCUGAAGCAGCUCUACACCAUGACCAUGGUAUGUAUGCCUCCUGAGAUGUUUUUAUCUGCGCUUAACAGAAAAUUGGCCAGCUCUCCUAUUCAGGACCAUGGCUCAGCGGUAGGACCCAUGCAUUGCAUACGGCAGGUCCCUCGUUCGAUUCCUGGCACCUCCAGUUAGAAACAUAUGAGGUUGCAUGUAACUGGAAAUAUAGAGGGCCCAGAGAGGCACUGCCAAUCAUAGCAGACAGUGCUGGACUGCAUGGGAAAGUAGUACAGGCAUGUUCUCUUGUGUUCCAUUUGAAGUGUACAGCUGGACUAGGGGCUUGAGAUAAUGCCAGCUUAAAAGGAGCUUUUCAGUCCUGCAACCUGUUUUGUAGUGCUGAGAUCUGGCUCUGGAAUGGGUGAAACAUACCACAUAUUGGAUGCAAUGAGUGUCCUUUCUGAACACGCGUAUCAGAGUCAUUAAAGCUGUUUGUUUAUUUCUGCACUUAGCUGCUAAGAAAGCGGCAAGCACAUGGAGUUUUUCUCGGUGUGGAGAUGCAGUUAUGGGGAAAGCUUUAGAUGCAGAAUUUCUAGACAUGCAGGUGCUGGAAGCACAAGCAACCUGACAGAAAACUAGGCUGGCCUAUUCAGUCAGACGAUUGCAGGCAGCACACUUGCUCAUGCACCCUAAGCUAUAGAGUGGUCUGGCUGAGGGCUAUGUGCUAGUGAGGGCCAGUGUCCAUCUCUACUUGGGCCUUUGCUUGGGAAUUAGAGAGGUAAACUUGAGAACCUUUUAAAGAGCAGUCGGUAAAAUGUGGGCAUUGGAAAGGAGCACAGUCUAACAAGACGGUAUAAUACUUGGCUGUUCUGUGCCUGUGCUUCGUUGAAGUUGUCAGGUUCAAGGCUUUAUUCAGGCUUCGUACAAACAACAUUUCUUCUCCCCAGGAUGUACACUCUCGCUACCGGACAGAAGCACAUCAGGAUGUGGUCGGCCGAUUCAAUGAAAGGUAGGCUGCCCAACUAUUUUGAGCACAAAUACUAUCAACCCUUGGAAGGGAAAAGUCUGUUUGUUGAGCCUUUGGUUUAGAAGGGAUUCCAUGUUGGCCCAAGUACUUGUUGCCCUCUAGUGGAAGUUUUAAGGAAUAUUCUGUUCAAUUUAAGCAUAAUGGGGUGGUGAAUCUUAGAAGCUCUAGUCCUGUUGCUUAGAUUUGUCUUAUUGUUUCAGAAGUCUGUAUGAUUCUAAGUGCAUGUUUGUAACUUUAAAUGUGAAUUCCCCCCACCCCAAUUGCAUUCAUUAUUAUUGCCCUGUGUCCAAGAGAUCAUUCAUGAAGCUGUGUUCAGUCUUGACUAGUAGGGAAAUGCACAGCAAGAGUGAGGAACUCCUGGCUCACGAGAGACCUGUGGACUCCAAUUCCCAUCAGCCCUUGCCAGCAAGGCCAGUGAACAUAGGAGUUGUGGUCCAAUAAUACAUGGAGGGCCACAGGUACCCCACACCUGUUGUGUAGGGUGGCUAUGCUCAGACAAGGUCUAAUUUUCAAUAGCAAAAUGUUGGGACAUCUAUGAUUUCUGCUCUGUAGAUUGACUUGAAAUUUCCCAACAAGUGCUCUGCCAACCCCCACAUUCGUUUUUUGGAAACUCACCUGUGCAGGAGGUGAAAUGCUGUUGAACAAAGUGUAUUGUUGCAUGUUGGAAAUGUGGCUUUGAGUCCCAAGGCUGACUCUUCCCUAAGCUUUGCUGUGAAGUUGGCAGGGCCUGUGUGUUAGCACUGUAUUAAUGCUGAAGGGAGCUACUAUACAGAAGCAGUCUAUGCUAUCUGGCUUGAUGUGCCAUCCAGAAACACUAUUCUUGGAUCACCUUAUCCAUCCAUGUACAUGAGCUGUAGCUCGAGGAAUCAUUUUGCAGGCGGAGAACCAGUCAAGUACAACAGUGACAAUGGUGCUGUGUCCUCUGUCUCAUUGCACAGGUUCAUUCUUUCUCUGGCAUCUUGCAAAACCUGCAUGGUGGUUGAUGAUCAGCUUAACAUCCUCCCGAUCUCUACCCAUGUAGCAGACAUUGCUGCUAUUCCACCCCGGUCUCAGGUAAGUAGUUUAAAUUCAUAUAAUUCAGAUUUUGACUUCAGAUUUUUGGAUGUUUAGUUUGCAAUAACAGGACUUGCCUUUUCAACUUCUUUUAGGACUUGGCGGAAGGUUCUAUUUUGCUUCUUCUUGUUUUCCGACAGGAGAGCCCUCUGUUUCUUCUUGCUCCAAAGGCACAGGGCUUAAAAGCUGUAUUUCCAGAAGUACAAAUAAAGUUUUUGGAGUUGUGCUUGGAGCAGCAGGUCCUGAUAACAAUAACAAACAGGCCUUGGAAAAGGAGUGAAGUGUUGGAGGGUCCCCCAACCCUCUUGCCUUCGUCACUUCAUAUACAUUCAAAGUCAGGAUUGCUCCUAUGCAGCUAAUUUGCACACUUGCAGGUGCUCUGAGUUGUAUCUCUUUGAGGGACAAUCCACCAUGUUUGGUUAAUGAGCAGUAGGAUGCUCAUUUCCCCAUCAAAACAAAUUUGUGCAGGCGAGCUACUUGUGGAUUGUGGUGUCUCUUUGCAUUCAAGGUAGCAGUCUUUUCUGAUUUAGGUGACGCUUCUCUUGCUCACAGGAGGAAAGUCUGAGUCCUCAGGACAUGGAGCUGAAGGAACUAAAGGAGAGCCUCCAGGACACCCAGCCCGUAGGAGUGCUCGUGGAUGGUUGUAAAACCCUGGAUCAGGCAAGUGUGGCUUUGAAACAGGAAUAAGGUGAUGCAGUUAUUUGAGCCCCUCACCCCCAUGUGUCCUGUUCAUGAAGCUUGCUGAAGCUCAGCAUGGUGAGAGGAGCCAGGAUAUGAGGGGAAUGAAAGAUAUUGCCAGCUGCUGGAGAAUCUCCUCCUGUUCUCAGCAGAUGGGGUUUUAUGCAUGAAAUUGGUGUCUGAUAUUAAUACAGAAGUACGUUUUGCCUCGUCAUUAUUCAGCUUCUGUAUGCCAAAGACCCUUAGAUACUUAAGCUACUUUAUUGGACCAAUUUCUACUUUUUUGUUUAACCCAUUCUAUGCAGCUUCCAUUUGGAAUUAUUUUUACUUGUCUGCUCUUUUUUUUUAUAUAACUAUAAGGAUGUGUAAGAAAUCUUACGGAAUGAAUAAGUGAAUGAACUUGAAAUCUUACUAGCAUAUGCUAUUGCUUGCAGCUCUCUAGUUUUGUGGUCUUGCUUUUCUGGCCAAACUGUUCUAAUAUGCUUCCUUGUUGCUAGGCCAAAGCCGUUUUGAAGUUCAUUGAAGCCAUUUCUGAGAAAACGCUGAGAAGCACCGUGGCUUUAACAGCCGCCCGAGGUCGUGGUAAAUCAGCUGCCUUGGGGUUGGCCAUAGCUGGAGCAGUGGCUUUUGGGUAAGUUGCUCUGGGGUGUUUUAAGAAUGGGUGUGUGUUUAAAAGGUAAAACAUGAAGGUAUUUUGGGAGAACUGGACUCUCCACAUAAGUCUGAAAAGAACUGAUUCAGUAAUGAUGAAUCUACAUAGGUAAUUGCCCCCUGCUGCCAAGUUAUGAGCCAUAAAUAAAAAUUAAAAUGGUCCAUAUGCUCAUUUUUGCCACAUUUAGCUAUAGAAUUACUGUCAAACCAAUGAUUUACUUAGUUAAGGCUGAAAUCAGAAAUGAUUUCAAAUAUCCUGUGCUCUCAGCCCAGAGGCAGCAAUUUAAAAAACACUGCAAAAUAACUGAUGUAAAAAUUUGUAACUUGUUCUUCCUUCAAGAGGCUCCAGGUGAUGUUAAAUCCACAUUCUCUUUUGAGUCUGGACAUAGCUGAAAAUGUAGCUCUUCACUUGUUCAUAACUUGCUGUAGCUCUGAAGUGCCAUGGUACAGAAACAGAUUUACCACUCCAGUGAAAACAUGACCAAAGACUACUAUAGGAGUACUUCAGUACUUGGUUCUGAAGCACAUGUGCAUGCAAUAGGGGAACAUUUUUCUUACAUCAGGUUUUUGUAUUGUUUUGUAAACUGCUUUAAACCAUCUUCAGUUCCAGUUUCUCUAAAAGCUGGGUCAUGUUAUAACAAGAUUUCUUUUAAAAAGCUGAUAAAUUAUUUUGCCGCUUUUACAACAUGCCGAAUUAUUUAUAUUACUGUUUCAACAAUAAUAAAAGAUUGUAAAGUUCAUUUCUGUCAUGUUUUUCUUUUUCUUUCUUUUUUUGCAGCUAUUCCAACGUUUUUGUCACAUCUCCCAGCCCAGAUAACCUUCACACCCUGUUUGAAUUUGUAUUUAAAGGCUUUGAUGCUCUGCAGUAUCAGGUAAUAUGAGCAGAUAUUGACUGGUUCCACAGAGUGCCUUUGUGUACAUUGCACACGGUUAUCCUCCUGAAUUUCUUCCCCCUGCCCGUUACAACUGCCUGUGUAUAACCCACACAAUUCCAGAGAGUUCUCUGACUCUCAGGAGCUGUUUUUAGGCUGUGCAGAUUUCUGCAGCGGCAAUGGGAAUACAAGAAACCUGUUCCAAUAGUGGUGUUCUAGUCAUGUUUUUUCUAGAUUCAGUUCCUUAUUUUUGUAUUUAUUUCCCAUAGGCCUAUAUCCUGCCCUUCCUUCCAGUGGGUUGCAAGCCUGGCUGACAAUACAAAUUGCAAUAAUAACAGUCAAAGCCAUACUGAAAAUGUCAAAUGCAACCAAUGGAAUAAAACAACAGCAGAACCAUCAGUGGGUAGAGGGAAAAUUCUUAUGCCCUAAGGGUCUGGUGGAAUAAUGUUUUUGUGUUUUUUUUUUACAAAGCAUGGGGUUACCAAAUAUGUGGAACAAUUUUAGAUAAUUAUAGCUUCAGAUGACCUUUGAAACCAAACUAGCUCUGAAGGGUUGGUUUUUUUUGUACAAGCUAGGUUGUAUUUUCUUUGGUGUUCCUAAUGUGGUUUAUGUCUGUCGUUUUCAGGAACACUUGGAUUAUGAGAUCAUUCAGUCUCUCAACCCUGAAUUUAGCAAAGCAGUCGUCAGAGUGAAUGUGUUCAAAGAGCAUAGGCAGACUAUCCAGGUAGAUUUAUCUUUGAUAGAAGCUUUCUUCGGUUUUCCUUCAGGCAUGUGUAGACACAAUUACUUGUUCCUGGCACUCUUCAAAUGCUAUAACUUCUUUGCAAAAGUUCGAUAAGGCUGCUUAACUCCUAGUCAGACUGGUUUACCAAAGCGAGUCUUCAGCACCGUGUUUUCAGAAGACGUGAUGUAUUGUGCUGCACCCAAUGCCAGGCCCUCGGACCUAGGGGUUGGAUGUGGUGCCCAGACCCCUCUUUCUGGCCCUUGGAAUUCUCCUCAAGCCCCACUCCUCACUGCCCCUGCUUUGCACUGUGCUUAGUGUUUUUGCUUAGCUGAAAUGUGUCCCUGAGCCUAUUGCUUGCCUGGAUAGGAAAGUAUAGGAACAAGGAAAAUGUGCAUUAAUAGCUCUGCCCAGCACUGGCCUGUGGCCUCCAGAAGGCUGCUCUCUCCCUCAUUUAAUCCCCACAACAAUCUUGUGAGUUAGGUUAGUCUGAGAGGGAGUGACUGGCCAAAGGUGAGCUUCAUGGCUGUGGGGGGGAUUUAAACCCUGGUUUCCCAGGUCCAAGAACAACUCUCUUAACCACUACACUACACCCACUCACUCUCAAUUUUGCAUGUGACCUGAUGGUCCAGGCCCAAGGGCACAUCUUUUUUCUUUUUCUUUGCAAAGGUGGCCACAAUUUCCACUGUGGUCCUUAUUGCUAAAAUACUUGCUUAUCUAUGUGAAGAAUGGUAAGGUAAAGGUAAAGGGACCCCUGACCAUUAGGUCCAGUCGUGACCGACUCUGGGGUUGCGGCGCUCAUCUCACUUUAUUGGCCAGCAUGAGUAAGCUGCUUCUGGUGAACCAGAGCAGCGCACGGAAACGCCAUUUACCUUCCCACCGGAGUGGUACCUAUUUAUAUACUUGCACUUUGACGUGCUUCCGAAUUGCUAGGUUGGCAGGAGCAGGGACCGAGCAAUGGGAACUCACCCCGUCACGGGGAUUCGAACCACCAACCUUCUGAUCGGCAAGUCCUAGGCUCUGUGGUUUAACCCACAGGGCCACCCGCAUCCCGUGAAGAACAGUAGGGUGCAGGAAAUAAUAAUGUACAACAUAGAUACACUAUGCUACACUUUCCUGAAGCCACUUGGUUAGUUUUGCAGCACAGGCAAGAUCGGUACCUGGGACGUUUAGUCCUUGCACAUACACUGGGCUCUCUUUCUGCCUCUCCCUCCCUCUCUUCCUCUAAAGUAUGCUAGCUCUGGUGUCCAGGUGAUGUAAGUUUAAUUGUGAGGUCUUUCAUCCGUUGCUUAGAAUAUCUGCUUAUACUUCCUCACAAUUAGACUGUGCCUAUAUUCUAAAGGCGUUGUCUGUUUCUGUUAGCUCAAAGUCCCCCCUUUAAAUCUUUUUCCUGCUCUGUGGAAUUAUAUUGCAUUAAUAAACAACAUCAAAAAUCUUAAGGAAAACUAGGUGAUUGAUCUUCAAAUGGAGCUAAGUCUUCUUUGGUGAUCACUUGUAGCCAAGUAAGAUUGUCUUCCAUGAGUGUGGUCUGAACAGUGUGUCUGUGCGUGACUGUGGAGGCCAAUUCCAGAAUUCUGGAGGCCAGUUCUGGAGCUAAGUGUGAGUUAAAGAAAUAAUUUAUAUUUGUUGUGGAUUUCUUUCUGAUUGGUUGAACGCUCAGGAGAGAAUGGUCAUUUACUUAGAAAUAGUAGUAAUAGUAAUAAUAAUAAUUAUAAAAAUUAUUUUUUUUCCUCAUUUCUUGGCAAGUAUAUCCACCCUGCUGAUGCUGUGAAACUGGGGCAAGCUGAGCUGGUGGUGAUUGAUGAAGCUGCUGCUAUCCCGCUCCCACUGGUGAAAAACCUGUUAGGCCCUUACCUGGUCUUCAUGGCUUCUACAAUCAAUGGGUAAGUUCUUCAUUCUAGCUCACUUGCCUUAAAUCUCACUAAUCUGUCAUGGCGCGUGGAAGUCUUCCCUUGAUACUACAGGAAUCAAGAGCUUUACUUGUUUUCUGUCUCUCUCUUUUCACUCGACUGCUUUGUCUGUUUGUUCUUAAUAGGUAUGAGGGUACUGGCCGUUCCCUCUCCCUGAAGCUGAUCCAGCAGUUACGGCAACAGAGUGCACAAGCACAGGCCAGUAUGACAGCAGAGAACAAGGUGACGACAACGCUGAAACUGUCUUCAGGUAUAGUCAUUCCACAGAGCUGAGAAACCCCAGGCUGCAUAAUGUGACCUCCGUGUUGCGGAAGUACAGCAUCUACAUUUCUCAGAUAUGUGCCAAAGAGUGGCUCUUGACGCAGGAGAAAUCCCCCCCACCCCCCAAGAACUGCAGGAAAUGGAUGCAAGAGCUUUGAGCUGCUGUCACCAUUAGGUGUCUUGGACCUGAAAAUGUGCUGAAUCGAAAAAAUUCAAGACGACUUCUUGGCUCUUAGUUCAUUUUUAGUGCCUGGGUUGUGGACCAGCUUUUCCUGAGAGGCUGCGUACUUGUUUUGCCUCCAGGCAGUGGACCAAACAGUAGGUUCCAAGCAUUAUCUACCUGACAUGGAGAGCUGACAGUGCGGCAGCGUGAGAAGCUGUUAUUGGGCAGCGUGAAGAGGGCUUUCAGGGCUUGUGAGGAGGACACAACCUGUUGACGCAUUCUUGGGAGUUUAAUGUGAAAACACUUCCCAUUUGGGGCUUUUGGAGCCGAGGGUGGUUAAUUUCUGGAUUCAACCCUUAAUUUUUAAAUUUGUUUUGUACACUGCUCAGUUUUCUUUGUGACAUACAGUUCUGUGUUUAUAUCACAUUUUAGGUAUUAGGAAAUUUGAUUGAAAAUUGUUCUCUGUUGUUUUUUAUGUAAACAUAAACCACUUAGCAGUUUUUAUUUCAUUAAGUAGUGUAAAAUGUAUAGAAAUAGAAAUAAUUCUUUGGACAAUCAGCUAAGGCAGCUUUCCCCAACCUGUUGCCCUCCAAAUGGAAGGCACCAGUUUAGGAAACACUGGGGUGUAAGAGUUUUGUUCUUCCCUAGCUCCUUUGUUUUGGUUUUUUUAUGGAUAUGAAUUGUCCAUGGAUUUAAAUUUUUCACUUUUGCCGUUUUGUGUCUUUCUCUCUCUCCAGCUCGCUCACUGCAUGAAGUUUCCCUCCAGGAAUCCAUUAGGUAUGCCCCGGGAGAUCCAGUCGAAAAGUGGCUGAACGACUUGCUGUGUUUGGAUUGCCUCAACAUCACAAGGAUUAUAUCUGGCUGCCCACUGCCCGAAACCUGUGACCUGUAUCCUUGCUGCUGGAGAUUAUUCUCAUGCCGUUUGUGGCCUUUAGCAGCCCCACGGGGAGUAAGAGAGAUGGAAAAUUGACAGGAAUUCAGUAUCAAGCUCUGUUGAUCAUUACACCAGGGCAAACCUUUCAGCUUGCCAGAUGGAAUGAUCCUCUCUCUCCUCCUGCUGCAUACUGUUCCCAGGAAAUUACUCCCUUCCCAGUUCCUUCCUAGAGUGAGACACAGGUGAGAUGGUCCUUAACCCAUGGCACUCAGAUACUACGUGAAUAGGGACACCCUCUUCUGCUAUCACCGAGCAUCAGAGACUUUUCUUCAAAGGCUGAUGGCGCUGUACGUGGCUUCUCACUACAAGGUUGGUGACACCGUUCCUGUUGCCAGCUUUGGCUGGAGAUUGGGGGACCUUUGACCUUCCUUGCUGAGCUGUGGUUGGACAAAAAUCAUAAGUGCUUUUCCUUGUGGUUCUUUUUCUUUCUGAUUCCUUCCGUUCCCCCUCUUUCCUUCGGGCCACCUCUGACACUGUUCUGGGCAGACUUGCAACCCUUCACAACAGUGAGAGAGGGGAGUGUUGGGGGCUGGCGUAAGGAGAGACAUGGCAAAAGUCACCCUCGCUGCCCUGCCAACAGGAGUGAUCCCUCAGCUGAAUGCCACUUGAGAAGCUCCUGCUUGUUGGAGCAAGAUCAGUAUUUGCAGUUGGAUGGAAGAAAAUAAAAUCUAUUAUUAUAUACACUUAUAUGCUAUAUACACUUUGCUGUAUCAAAAUGACCUUAUAUAGCUUGGCAAUUUAAAAAAUCAGUUUGAUGCUGAUGAUCUUCAUUGCUUCAAAGAGAGUUCUCUUUGCAAAAAACCCUCCAAAAACCCAUAGUGCAGAUAAAUCAGACGCAGUGAAAUAGUUGCUCAUCAGAUGAGAAACAAAUAUAAUUGUGUGGGUUUGGAGAACUAAUUCUGUGACCCAACGGUUGUCUUUCCAGAACUCUCCCAAUGACCUCCAGAUGCUUUCAGAUGCUCCUGCCCAUCACCUCUUCUGCCUUCUGCCACCUGUUGCACCUACCCAGAAUUCUUUGCCAGAAGUGCUUGCUGUCGUUCAGGUAAGAGAGGGCACAGAGGGCUGGGUGCAGACUAAAUUGGCUUCGCUAUUGAAAUCAAUGGGAUUUGCUGUAAAUGGAACUAACAGAGCAACCCUAACCCUAGCCGGGGACCAGCAGGGCAGAGUGGAGGGCCAGAUUGACAGCUGCAUCACAAGCCCUGCUGCUUGUGUUGGCUAGGGCAGUAUUGUGUCUGGGUGGGGGAGGAGCAGUUUCCUUUUCGUUGUGCCACCUCCCAGCUGGUGCAGCUGAGAGACAAAAGAAUUGGAUCCCUUUGGGACUCAAAGAGUUUGAUGGACCCGUCCCAAACACCCCAUUUGGGUGCUUUCUGCUGGCUAGCUCUGGUUGAAGAAUUGCUGGUGGUACCUUCCUGCCCCCCAGGGUGAAGUGUGGGGUCUCUGCCCUGGUGGAGUCUCCCAACCAGCCGCACUCCUCUUCAUGGGCAGCAGAGAGCAGCAGAGGGGCAACUGCAUACCCUUCUAAGCUCUCUCAUCAACCUCAGGGUGAGUGUUUAGAUUGUACCCAGAGCUUAGACUGGAUCCAACCCGAAGCCUUUUGUGUUUAAAGAGCUCUGAUUAAUUUGCCCAGAAAGCAAGCCGUGGAAAAUCGAGUAUCUGAUAAAGGCUACAAAUCCUACAUCAGAGAGCUAACCUUUUCAUCACUGACUCCUAGGGAAAAUUACUGUAUUUCUCCCCCAUGUAUAAGACAACCCCUAUUUAUUUAUUUUUUUAACAUUUAUGGAUUAAAUUGCCCUAGUCUGUUGAGUACUGUGCUUUAGUCUAGCACUAAAUCCCAUGUCUCCUUUAUUCUCCCCACUUUUGGCAGGUAUGUUUGGAGGGAGAGAUCGCCCGUCAGUCUAUUAUGAACAGUCUGUCUAGGGGGAAGAAAGCAUCGGGAGAUCUCAUUCCAUGGAGCGUCUCAGAGCAGGUAACUGAUCAGCUUCUCAGUUGCAUCUCAGGUGUUUUGCACUUUCAUGUAUUCUUAUUCUUCAAUUCCAUUUGAUGAUUCCUUCAUUUCUUCCGAAUUUUUUAUUUCUAGUUCCAAGAUCCUGACUUUGGUAGUCUGUCUGGUGGGAGAGUUGUUCGCAUUGCAGUCCAUCCUGAUUAUCAAGGGGUAAUAGAAUUUAUUCUUCUGUUGCUAGCAUUUGAAAAACAUCCUGCAAAUGCCAUUUUUGGGGGGAUCUUAUUCUUUUCCUGCCUCAGAAACGUAGACUGUAUCAAAAACAGGUGUGGUUAUUUGGUUUGUUUUUUUUAAGCAAACUGCUUACUUAAGACCCAUUAGGUUGGGCCUUAUAUCUCCCACUGCCUUGGCUUCUUUGGGCAGGAUAUAAAUUUAAUGAAAGAACAAUAUGUAUGAAAUGUGUAUUCUGGUGUCUGUGUGUGUUGGCAACUUUUUAUAACUAAUAAUCAUCUGUGGUUGCAGAGUGAUGCUGACCUGGUCAUGUAAAUCAGGGAGGAGGAAUCUGUGGUCCUCCAGAUGGUGUUAGACUCCAGCCCCUGCCAGCAUGGCCCAAUGGUCAGGGAUGAUGGAAGCUGUAGUCUAUAAACAUCUGAAGGGGCCACAUGUUCUUCAUCCCAACAUGAAAUGAGCUUGAUGCUUGAUGUCUGAAAGGCUGAGCUUCCUGAAGGAGCCAGGUUGUAAGAGCUUUCUCUUUCUUGAAUGUGCAUCCUUUCUUUCAAAACCCUUUUCUUCCCAGAUGGGUUAUGGCAGCCGAGCUCUGCGUUUGCUGCAGAUGUACUAUGAAGGCAAGUUUCCUUGUUUGGAAGAAAAAGUGACUCAGAAGCCAAGAGAAAUAGCUACCGUGAGCAGUGAGGUAGGAAGGCUAGCUUAGCCAGUAGAGCAUGAGACGCUUAAUCUGAAGAUUGUGGGUUUGUUCCCCACCUUAGGCAAAAGAUUCCUGCAUUGCAGGGGGUUGGACUAGAUGACCCUCGUGGUCCCUUCCAACUCUAUGAUUCUAUGACAUUCCUCAAAGGCUUCUGUUGAGAUUUGCUAUUCAGAGGUCCACAUGGGGAUUUCAUUUUGUUUAUACCUCUUCGGACUACUUUCCACUGAACAGGCAAAUUUCAAAACAUGUUUUUUGUUUUGUUUUAGGCGGUCAGUUUAUUAGAAGAAGCUGUGAUGCCUCGAAAGGAUUUGCCCCCUCUGCUUCUCAAACUGAGCGAGAGGCAAGCUGAGAAUCUGGACUAUCUUGGUGUGUCUUACGGUUUGACACCAAGGCUGCUCAAGUAAGCAUUUGGAUGCAUUUGUAUCUGUUGAAACUUGAAAGCCGUCUGAACCGUUGAAGUGCUUUCGCCUGUUGCACAGCUCAGCAAAGUACUGCAGCGAUUGUUGAGCAACUCUUGAGAUUGCCCAGGCAGGAUGAAGAGCAGGACCAAACAGAUCACUAGCAACUUGAAUCUUGUAGUUUUAUUAUUUACAGCAGCAAACAUACAAGUCUAUCUACAAGUUACUAUUUACAACACGACUUCUUCGCUCUCAGAAACUCCUCAGCACUAACCACACCACACUAACACUCACUUACACCAGUGUUAUAGGUCAUGCCUACAUAAGGGACCUCAGCUAAUCACCGGUUAGUUGCUGAGUCUCCUUAUCUCUAGGCAGAUUCCUUUCAUGCUCUGUCUUCCCACGCUGUGGAGACUCUUAAUUGCUAACUUGCAAAGCUGCAUUCAAACCAUGGAUUCCAACAUUAUCCUCUGCUGGGAGAGGUUAAGAGAUGCCAGUGCCAUUGUGAUACCAGGUAUACACAAGAUUCCAUCAAUGGCUUCUGGCCACAAUGAGCUAUUUUCUGUUUUCACUGUUGGAGGCAGUAUAGCUUUGGGUACCAGUUGCUGGCGAUCACAAGUGGGGAGGGCUUUGCUACAUUCAGGUCCUCCUUAGGGGUAUGCCAUAGGUAUCUGGCUGGCCACUAGGAGAAGAGGGUGCCAGAUGAGCCUUCGACCUGAUCCAACAGGGCUUUUCUUACAUUCUUAACAACUGUACUGAAAUCGGGUAUCGGUGUGUUUUGCAAAGCAUGAAAUCUUAGUGGUUCAGACCAAGUGCAUUUCCUAACCUUGGGGUGCUUUGCCUGUUUUGGAUUGUUCAAGGUACAAUCUGGUAAAAUUCGCACACAGCAGAACAUGUCUCUCAGGAGUUCUUUAGCUACGAUUCCUGAAUUGCAGGGAGUUGGACUUAGACGACUCUUGGGGUCCCUUCCAACUCUAUAAUUCUAGGGUUCCAAGUCCUAUUGACAUGAAGGGAGCAGUACAAGAACAUUGUUCUGCAUCAAUGUGCAGUUUCUGGUUACUUCAGUUAGCUUCUUCCAUACACCUGGAUACUAUACUUAGGACUGUGCAGAACUAUUCUCCAGUGCAUAGAUCAAAACAACUUAUUUUCAUGGAAUUUUUUUUGGGUUGAUUUGAUCUAACCGGUGCCAGAGCAAGGGCUCCCUCCUUUACCCCCAUGUGCCCCCUGCACCUUACCCGAAUCUGCUCUGGAGGGUCAUGUUCUGGAGGGCCAGAACAGCAAGCGAUGGGGUGGGGUGGGGAGCACAGGGGAGAUAAUUAUUUCUGCAAGUAAAAAUGCUUGCACUGAAUGGCACAAUAUUGAAUUGCACCCACAGAUUAUCCAAAUGUUUCGCUUUUUCAGUGGCACUGGCCACUGCUGCUCCAGUGCCAUUUUCCCUUUCACCCCCUUUUUGUUGCUGCUUCCUUCCUAAAUUAAUCACAAGAAAUGUGGCGAGGUUAGGGCCAUGGACUGCAUCACAUUUGAUGGUGUUAGUGAGAGCAGCUAAGAGUGAGGUCAAGGGAAAGAAAAAAUAAAUGGAGAUGGUUGCAAGGAGUGGUGGAAAAAGUCGGAAGGCUUGGCGUCUUUUGGUCACAAAUGCCUGGGGAAAAUAGUAUGUAGCUUUGGCUCAGCCCUAAGUAUAAAUAAAUAUUGAGCCAUAUGACAGCUCUUGACAGGCUGUAAGUAAGUUUUUGUUUCUCUCUUCUACCAGGUUUUGGAAACGAGCUGGAUUUGUACCAGUUUAUCUGAGGCAGACUCCUGUAAGUUUCAUUUCAUUGCCCAAGACCCCAAUAGUGCUGGAAUGUUUUUUGGUUCUGAUGAUCCCUAUGGCAAUGUGAUAGCUUUUUUAUAAUUUUGUUUUUUAUUUUGACAAAGUAAUAAUAAUAAAUAAAAAAGAAUAAAAAUGUGCACCCCACCCCCAAGACCAUUCCAUUGUAACUAUUCAACCUCCCAAAAUUUUAACACCUCUUGUGAUGGUUUAACCCCCUUUCCAGUACAAAUUCCACAAACACCUUCCAUAUCUCCUCAAAACCAUUUCUCCUGCAUAUUCCCCAUCUUACCUUACCAGCACACGCUAAUUUAUCAUUAAUAGCUACAUUUCACACCUCUUUAUACCAUUCCAUUCCAUUUUAUAUCCACCUUGCCCCUUCCACUUCCUAGCUAUAAUAACUUGAACAGCUGUCUAUAAAUUUGUGAACAAGUCCUUCAUAGUCUGUGAAUCUUCCACCCCAUCAUAAAUUGAUAAUAAUGCUACCUCUGGGCUUUUGGUUAGCUUUAACCCAGUGAUUUCUGUUAUUUCUGUGAUAGUUUUUUUAUUAUUAAGCUGUAGUUUAUCCUAUACAAAAAUGUUUGGUGUAUAUUUAUUGAACAAUCAUCUAGGGAUUAUUUAAUUGGUCGACAGCCUUCCUAUAAAUCCAGUGAGUGUCAUUGGUUUGCCUAGGGUGGGGUUUGUUUGCAUAAAUCAGGUGUUUGGUUUUAAAAUGGUUUCCUUUUGAUUGCUUCAGUGACUAGUUCUUCAUAGUCAUCAGACAUACACAGUGAACUAAUAGUUAAUAAAUUUUCAUUUUUCACCAAUAAUGUCCCUGAAGUUUGGAAUUCCAUAGUCUUCUACUGUACCAAACUGGGCAACUUAUAAUGCUCACCUCCAGUCUGAAGUGAGUGUUGUGACCCUAUGGUUCUCCUCCAGCUCUGAUAAUCUGAGCCAGAAAAUAACUCUGGUUUGGAACCUCAUCAUUCACCUGAUGUGAUCUGAAAUGGAACAGUAAUUUGGUUCUGAAUUACCCAAGCUACCGUAUUUUUCGCCCUAUAGGAUGCAAUUUUCCCCCUCCAAAAAUGAAGGGGAAAUCUGUUUGCGUCCUAUGGGACGAAUGCAGGCUUUCGCUGAAGCUUGAAGAGCAAGAGGGGUCGGUGCGCACCAGCCCCUCUCGCUCUCCAGGCUUCAGGAAGCUAUCAGCAAGCCUGGGGAGCCCGCGGGAGUUCCUGCAGGGCUCCCUAGGCUGCGGAUAGCAGCCUGUUGGCCGGAGCGCGGGGCGCACUGAAGCAGAGUGCCCUGCGCUUCGGGCAGAUAUCCGCAGCCUACUGCCCGGAGCGCGGGGCGCGCUGAAGCCGCGGCUGGGGGGGGGAAUUUUUUUCCCUUUAUUCCCCCCCCCCCCAAAAAAACUAGGUGCGUCCUAUGGGCCGGUGCGUCCUAUAGGGCGAAAAAUACGGUACCUUUUUGUAAAAGCAGAAUCCAGGUUGCACUGAGACUAUGGUAAUGCACCAUAGUUAUUAGCAGUUAUUGCUGUUGACUAUCUUGUGUGUUUUCUGAUAAACUUGUUUAUUUUCUGCUGCUGUUUAUUGUUGAAAAGACUCAACGGCUCAUAAAAUGUUGCAGCUACAAGCAAUACCUUUAUUUUCCAGAAUGAUCUGACUGGGGAGCACUCAUGUAUCAUGCUGAAGACCUUGAAUGAAGAGGAAGAGAGUGAGCAGGAAAACUGGCUAAGUGCCUUCUGGAAAGGUGACUAGUAGGAAUGAUGUUUCAGUGCUGUUUUGAGCUGCCAUUUUAGGGUUGGAUGGUAAAUUUACCGCCACAUUGCUAUGGGGUGGGGAGUGGGGUUCCUCUGAAUAAAAAGUAUACUCUUGCAUAAAAAGUAGCCAUCAACUUUAGCUGCAGUAGUGACUUUGACCCCACAGUUUCACAUGGAGAGUUGGUGGUCAAGUCCCCAUAAAAUGAUUUGAUAUCCCCCCACCGCAAAUUACUGUUAAUCAGCCUUUAGUGUGAUCAGUUAUACAUGAAGUAGUAAACCAGGUUUUGUUUCCAUUUGUCCUGCAGAUUUCAGGAGGAGAUUUCUCUCCCUUUUGUCAUAUCAGUUCAGCACUUUCUCUCCUUCGUUAGCUUUGAACAUUUUGCAAAACAGGAAUAUCAAGCAGCCACCUCAACCCCGUAAGUAAAUGUCUGCAAAACUCCCUGAAGGGCAUUUUGUGAAACUAAAGCAGGGGUCGGCAAACUUUUUCAGCAGGGGGCCGGUCCACUGUCCCUCAGACCUUGUGGGGGGCCAGACUAUUUAUUUUUUGGGGGGAGGGGGGAGAACGAAUUCCUAUGCCCCACAAAUAACCCAGAGAUGCAUUUUCAAUAAAAGCACACUUUCUACUCAUGUAAACAUGUAAACAUGCUGAUUCCCGGACCGUCCGCAGGCUGGAUUUAGAAGGCGAUUGGGCCCGAUCAGGCCCCCAGGCCUUAGUUUGCCUACCCAUGAACUAAAGAGUACUAAAGCAAAUCCCAGAAAAAAUACAUGCAUCACAUUAAAAAAUAAAAAAGGUUUUCAAUAAAUAUACACAGUACUCUGCUUUCUCUGGUCCAAGAGCAGUUUCUUCCUUGAUGGACAGCUUGUUGCAUUUCCAUGCUGAGAAAGGGAAUCUUUUACGGAAGACAUCAGAGGAACUAUCCCCGUCUUACAAACGCUUCUCUGCUUCCUGUUCUUAACACCUUGAUAGCAAGUGUAAUUUACCUCUGUCUUGUUUUUUUCCUUCUUUCCACUCCACUCAAAAUUUAUUUCAUGGUUUGCUAAGCAAUCAGUCGUAAAGAAUUAGAAGCUGUUUUUAUCCCUUACGACCUGAAGAGGCUGGAGAUGUACUCAAGGAACAUGGUGGACUAUCACUUGAUUAUGGACAUGAUUCCAGCUAUCUCUAAGAUGUACUUUCUCAACCAGCUUGGAGAUAUGACCCUUUCUGCUACUCAGUCUGUAAGUAUCAUGUGUUUAGCUAGUGUCUUGUUAAUGCAAGUCCUCUCAUUUGAUGGCCAGUCUCUGAACUGAGACGUACGUGUGUGUGUGUGUGUGUGUGUGUGUGUGUGUGUGUGUGAUUUAGUAACCUCCAAAUCUUUCCUACACUUGUGACCUUGACCUUUCCCCCUGGAACUCAGUGGCAUGCUUGGGUUUUCUAGUUGUCCUCUUAACCUGAAACUCACCAGGACAAGAGCAACAAAGCAGUUGUCUUGGAACCACAUCAGGUGCCCUUGAACCCUAAUUUAGAGCCCAACUUCUGAAUCAAACAGUAACUGAAUUAAGGCACUUGCUCAAGAUAAUUCAUGCAGGUUGAUUGCAGCACCCCAUAUCUGAAGACCUCUCUAACCUAUUUGUGGGAUCAUUUGUUGCUCAUAUAGGCCAUCAACAGUCGGUGGAAGAAUGCAGAACGUAAAUUGAUUCCAUUUUUUUAAAAGGCUCUGGCAGUUUGCCAGUGAUGUUUUGUAGCCUACCUACAUCUGAGACUCUGUGUGUGAAAUUAGUGGAGCAAAUGAAUCUCUUAUGUUUUGUUGCUACUGAACUUGGCAAGAGGCAGUAGACAAGUUUUGCGGGAGCAAAACAGAGGAAAAGGAAAGGCUAAGGGAAGAAAAUGAGAAAAUCUGGCAUAGGUAGAUAGUGCAGAUCUUGCAUGUGAUAAAACAAAAACGGGGGAGUAACAGAAAAGGGGUGCAGAUCUUUGUUGUUGCAUACUGAAGAGAGCAUAAGUGAUGUAUUUUGUUCGCAGAGAAAAGAGAGCAGACUUAAUAGUGGAGAAGAUGUGGUCUGUGGUGGUUUGCUGGGGGACUUUGCAGUUUGUUUUUGGGUGGUUCACUUUGCAAAGGGAGAAGAAGGGGAUUGGCAAGGAAUGUGUUAAAAAUGAUACGGAGUUAAAAUGGUAGCAAAAUGCCACUCUACCAUUGAUGUGAUGUGAUCUUCUAAUAAAAAUGUAAUGCGGCCCUUUGAGUUUUGUGUACCUAAAUUUUUUAAAGGACAAGGAAAUUGCUGGACAAAAAUAAUAAUGACAUGAUAGGGUUCUGACAAAGGCCAGACUUUUCCUUCUGUUGAAUCAAAGCCAGGAAACUCACUUUUCUUCCAGGCUCUUCUUCUUGGGAUUGGUCUCCAGCACAAAUCUGUGGAUCAGUUGGAGAAAGAGAUAGAGCUGCCUAGUGGCCAGUUGAUGGGCCUCUUCAACAGGUCUAUCCGGAAGGUGGUUCAGGUAAAUGUGGGUUUUGUGAGUGUUGCAUUUGGGAGGGUUACUUGUAUGGUGAAACACUUUUGGUGUCCAAAUCCAAUAGUAUAGGAUCUGAGCUUAACUGUAUAAAAAUAACUUCAAUAUGUUUUUCUUUGAACAACUGCCCCUUGUAUCAUAGGCUCUCUUAGGUUGGUUCUUCAGAUGUGGGUAAAUGCUUUUGAGGCUCAAACUCUGUAGGAUUCUUAGCUGUGUGUACAUCUCCCUUGUUUUCUUUUUUUAAUAAAUGAGAAGCAGCCAAGAUUUAGCAAAGUGGCACCUCUUCCAGAUGAGAAAACACUGUGGUGGAAGAGGAUUUUGAAUGGACCAAUGGUUGGAAGGGGAUGUGUUAAGCAGCUCCUCCCUCCCUUGAGGAUUUCACUCAUUACUUCAAGAUGUGUGUGUGAUGUCAGGGAAAAGUUGCACUUGACUGACCAUUGCGUACUGUUUCAAUAUGGUGCAGAGCAGAAUUUAAUUUUGCCAGUUGGUUAUGCAAAGUAAUCUUGUAUUUCUACUAUAUAAGGGGCCAUUGCAUGGAUGGUCAUUAGUAACCUCUAGGGAACCAAUGGUACCGCCAAUCAAAUGUAUCAAGCGUUUCAUCCUUAACCAAUGAGCGAUGACCCUGAUGGUAAUUUCUCCCUCCUAGUUGUUCAACACUAUCCUGGAAAAGGCUGUGGAAGAGCAGAUGGCAGUAACCAAAGACGUUGUAAUGGAGCCAACUCUGAAAUCCUUAAAUGAGGAUUUGGUAAUUUGUGUUUUCAUAUUGAGAUUCUAAAUACUAGUGCUAUGUAUGUAGAGGUUUCUACCACCACCCCUUCAUGCCAGGGCAAUAUUUCUUUAAUCCACACUUCUAUGGAUAAUUAUUUUGCCAACGGCUAUGAGCCCUGAAAGCUAAACAAAGCCUCAAUGUACAAAAGCAGUCACCGUUGAAUAUUAGACAUUAAGGUCAAACAGCUGUUUUGACUGCUGGGGAUGGUGGUAGCUGUGACCCUCUAGGUCAGGGGUCAGAAAACGUUUUCAGCAGGGGGCCAGUCCACUGUCCCUCAGACCUUGUGGAGGACUGGACUAUAUUUUGGAGAAAAAAGAACGAAUUCCUAUGUCCCUCAAAUAAGCCAGAGAUGCAGUUUAAAUAAAAACACACAUUCUACUCAUGUAAAAACACCAGACAGACCCCACAAAUAACCCAGAGGUGCAUUUUAAAUAAAAGGACACAUUCUACGCAUGUAAAAACAUGCUGAUUCCCGGACCGUCCGCGGGCCAGAUUUAGAAGGCAAUUGGGCUGGAUCCGGCCCCUGAGCCUUAGUUUGCCUACCCAUUCUCUAGGUUUUGUUGGACUGCAAGUUCCACAUCCAUGAACUAGUGGGAACUUUUAUCUGGUCUUGCAAGCACUGUUUCUUUUAUUUAUUAAAUUUCUAUACUUCCCUUCAUCUAAGGAUCACAGAAAGUUUACAAUAUAAAGUGGUUUAUGCUACAGUCGUUCCUUAGUUUUUGAACAGCCUAGUUCUCGAACGUUUUGUCUCCCGAACGAUCAAAACCCGGAAGUGACUCUUCUGGUUUUCAAACGUUCUUUCAGAAGCCAAAUGUCGGACGGGGCUUCCGCAGCUUCGGAUUGGCUUCAGGAACUUCCUGCAACCAAUCAGAAGCUGUGCUUUGGUUUUCGAAUGCUUUGGAAGUCAAACAGACUUCCGGAACGGAUUCCGUUCAACUUCCAAGGUACAGCAUUAUCUUUUGAAGAAAGCUUGCCAAUAGCUUGCACAUUUUCCUAUUUCAGUUUUUAUAACUGGCAGUGCAUAACAUCAAUACCUGGUGUUAAUCAUAUUAUGGUGAGACAAUUAUCACUGCUUCAUCUAAAAUCCCAAAAUUUCACAUUGGGCAAUGCCUUCAUUAGAACUACCCAAAAUGUCACAAAAUAGUGGCAAGCUAUAAAGUUCUCUGGAACUCUCCCUCAGGCAAUAUGUUAUGCAAAGCCACAGUUGAGAGGACAUGGGGAGAAAUAUAAAAAAUACAGAAGUACAAAGAAAGGGCUGGAUGUUGUAGCCAUUACAGUAGAUGAGCUUUUAGAUUUGGUUCCAUUGUGGAAUUUGCAGGUGGGAUAAUUCUGUCCUAGGUGCCAAAGGUAUCAGGUUACAAAUCUAGGGAUUGUGGGACAGAGAAGCAAUGGCUAGUCAGCCUUUUUUGUUGUGUGUUUGGCUUCAGAACUGUAUAUUUUUUCAUAACCUUAUUCAGCAUCCCUUUUUUUCCAAUGCAGGAAGAAGCAGCAAAAGAAUUUCAGGAAAAACACAAGCAAGAUGUUGGGAAGUUGAAAGAUCUGGACUUUUCACAGUAAGCCCUCGUAAUUUGCAGUAAAUAAAUCCACAGUCUCCAGGAAAGGAAUCAAGGGGUCUAAGCUAAUUCACCAUGUCAUCUAAAUAGCCCAAGGAUGCUACAGGGAAAAUAUAGUCUUGCUUUGGUUUCAUGUAUAAAUGGCCACCCAUUCAUACUAUCCAUUGUGUUGGCUAAGGCAGAUGUGGACAUGAUAAUACGGAUCACAUUGCUUUUUUUAGGAACCAAAUGACUCCAUAAAGCUAGCCUGAUGGGUCUUAAGCAGUUCAGAAGAGCUUUUGCCAUUUUCCCAAUGUCACUUGGUCACUUCCCCACAAGCUACAGGGGAAUAUGCUCAAAGCCCUGUGACCUCUUUAUGGAAGUUGAUGGCGACAGGGAGCCAUCUUGUCUUACGUGUGGAUGGGAUCUUAGGCCUUUCAAAAUAGGCUUGCCAAAACUCAUGUGGCCUUCUGAGUCACAGGCCUGUAGUUCCAGAAUUUUCUCACUGAUGCCCUUACCAGGACAGGCAUCCUCCAAAUGUUUUUCCCCUCCCAGGAGGACACAACUGAAUUUUUAUUGUCUUCCAGCUGUGGUGUAACUCUUGUGGCUUUUUAAUGAGAUUGCUGUCAGUUUCUGAAAGUCUUGCGAACAGGGUUUGAAUAUCAAGAGCCUAAAAUUAAUUUCUGUGAUCCCUUCUCCAAAGGCUGCUGAAGUUUUUAAGAAAACACCCAAAAACAUUUGCCUAUCUGACCUUGCUUUUAAUCUUCUUUUAAGGUAUAGAGGGAUCGACCAGUCUGAAUACUUAAGUUCUUCACAAAUUGCUUAGUCUCUACCGUAUUUCUUCUAAGAUGUGGAUGCGAUGCUAACUUAGGUAUCAAACUAUGGUUAGAGGAAGGGGUUGCAGGAUUGGGUCCCAUCAGCCCUAUCUGCCUGCCACCUCCUCUGGGCUGAUUUUAACUUAGACCAUACUAAUAAAGAUGGGAGGUUUUUAGUAGUUGUUUGGAUGGUGACAGCAUUUGAGUCAUUUGAAGGGAGGGUUCAGAUGUCCAUUUUUAAUUUUUUUUUACUUUCAACUUGCACACAGUCUUUCAGCUGAAUGUACCUGAUCAUGCUCUUUCUUGUCAUUAACCAAUGCCUGCAUGAUCACUAGCAUUGCUGCAAAAUAAACCAGUAUUUUCUGAUCAAGUGUCCUCCAUUUUAAAUCUAAAAAAACCACACAAUUCUUCUCACUUAGGUAUGUUAUCCGAGGAGAUGAUGAAGAAUGGAAUGAAGUGUUGACCAAAGCAGGAAAGAAUGCUUCUAUUGUCAGCCUCAAAAGGUAGUGACGCACGCUUCUCAAAGGGUUGACAAUACUGGGAAACUGAAGGAUUAAAUGAAGAAGAGAAAAGUUUCUAUCUCAAUACAUUCUCUUCCAUUCCCAACGAACCAGAGGAACGCAUCGGAGAAAGUCUCCCUUGUAUGGGUGCUACACAAUAUUGGGGCCACCACUGAGUGUGCCCUGUUUCACAAAGUCAGUCGCAUCGGGUGCUGGGAUGGAAUAUAGAGCAAGGUCUUAGAAGAUGGCUUGAGCCAAGUAGAGUAGCUUCUUAGUGGAGAAGGCAGUCAUCAAGUUCCCUUUAUGAAUCUCUUUAUUUUGGAGAAGAUCAGUUUGGCUCUGCAUUAGACCUCCGGGUAUAGAGCAAUACAGUGGUACCUCAGGUUACAUACGCUUCAGGUUACAGACCCCGCUAACCCAGAAAUAGUACCCCAAUUAAGAACUUUGCUUCAGGAUGAGAACAGAAAUCAUGCUGCAGCGGCAUGGCAGCAGCAGGAGGCCCCAUUAGCUAACGUGGUCUUCAGGUUAAGAACAGUUUCAGGUUAAGAACAGACCUCCAGAACGAAUUAAGUACUUAACCCGAGGUACCACUGUAUAUAAAUUCAAUAAAUGAAAUGAACUCCUAAAUCUUCAGAAGCCAAAAUAUUUAACUUUCAAUCUCAAUAAAUGUUAAUUUAAGGAAGCGCAUGGAAGAAAAGCUUCCCAUGCUAUUUCCUGCCUGUGCAUUGUCCUGCAUUACUCAGAAGCUCCCACCCCCUAGGUGCCCCUUCACAAAGCCUGGGGGGAUGUGCAGGACGCUGUAAGGAAAAGGAAGGGAUGGACAACUUUCCUAAGUUAAUGUAACUUGGUAUAAAAAAAAUUAUCUCCACCAGAGCUAUCUCCAAAGUGGUUUUUUCUUCCUGCCCAUUCUAUUAUGGAGAGAUGAUACUAGGGCUUAAUGUAUUUCACUAUGCCAUAAGUAUUGCCUAUUGAAUACUGAAAUAGGUGUAUUCCAGUUGCAUUUAGAAAAAGAUUGUUUCUAGGCCAUAUUGUUGUUAAAGAAAUGAAAGUGUUUGAAAAAUGCCUGUUUUGCAUCUCAACACAUGGGAAGGUCUAUGACAUCAAGUGGUUAGACUCUCAAGUCUUAAGUCAAGGUCUUAGUGCCCUGCAUAGCUCCUUCCUCAUCUCAAUGUCUGCCGUAAGCAGAAUAAAUCAUGUAAACAAGCAAAUAUAGUCAAACUUGCUUAAAUCAGAGACCACUUUCUAGAGGUUGCAUCUAGACUUGCCCAUCCAUGAACAGAAGGAUUUAUUCUGAUUAUUGAAAGGACUUUGAAUCCAGCAGAAGUUACCUACUAGGUGGGAUGGAACGUGGUUUUCCCUUCCCUUACUACCACUUUUCACACCACCCCCAAGUGAAUUCACACCCCCUGCCUGGUGAUCUUCCUGCAGAAGAUGGGAGAAAACAAAGCUAUAUUAUGUUUUUUAGCUCAAAGUGCAUAAUACCCACAAGCAUUUUUGUGACUGUUGUGUUAUGUUUUUCUCAGUGACAAGAAGAGAAAAUCAGAAGCAAUCGCAAUAGGAUCAAAACCAGAGAAGAAAUUUAAAAAGAAAACCCCAAAGCAGAAGUGGAAGAAAUGAUCUCAAAAUCUGGGACAUGGAGCUCUUGUUUUGUGGGAACCUGAAAAGCAAAUCACUAUAGGCCACAAAGAAACCAUACAUCGAAGUGGGAAGACAUGAAGGUUUUUCCUCCCCUUCAUAUAGGGGCAGCCUGAAGCUAAACAGUUCAGAAGAUCUUUUUUAUAUUAUUGCUGCCAGCUCAGCAUUUGUGUUAUGCUAAAAGAACUGUAGAGCAGUAAACUGGAUUGUUACCAGGAAUUAUGACUCUUUACAGUUUAGCCUUAAAAAGCCUCUGUUUUGUGUGCCUCGGAGAGCUAUAAACAUCUUUCCCUUCUCUUUACUAUUUGUUUCCUUAAUAGCAAUUUUGGAGAGAGGCCUGGGCCUCAGUGCUGCGCGUUGGUUUUUUUUUUAAUUGAAAGCUGGUAUUUUUUUAAGAAGCGUCAGUACAAUGAGCUGUAAAAACACUCUGUGGGAUUUUGAAACGGUGGAGUUGCAUUGAGGUGUCUGCUGUAUAUUAUGCCUUUUGAUAAAAAGGGAAGAAUCAGCAGCCUGAGGACUGCCUUCACCUUUGCACUCUGGGUUCUGUGGUUAAUUCUAGACAUUGGUUUCUCCUAGCCAGACCAUCUACUGGUAUUUAGAAAAACAGAGAAUUUGGCAGGGAAUCCUGUCCUUUGAAAAGCAUCUUCCCUGCUUUUCAGUAUUCUUACUCUUACUUGAUGUCAUGUCCCACAGUGCAUUGAUUAAGGAGUGGCAAUAGUGUGGGUGGGUGGUCCCAGCGCUGGGGCCUUUUUUGGGAGGGUGGGACUGACUGAAUCCAUCUGGAUUCAAUUUCUUGACCAUCAAGAAGGGCUUGUACCACAGACACCUUAUUGGGUCUCAAACAACACAUAUGUAGUAGGUUGCUUAACAUAGGACUGUGUCUUCUGCAGGGAUAUUAUUUGAAACAGUAUGAUGCUGCCAAGAACAUCCAGUUUUCUUCUUUCUCUCUCUUCUCCCUCCAGAAAAUGUUUCUAGUCCUUACGACUGAGGAUAAGCUGGAUAAUGUCUCGGCAGUAUCUGGUAAAAUAUCAAAAGUGGGAAGAAAAGGUCUGUGGUGUGGUUUAACUGAUAUCCAUGGCAGCCCUCCUUUCCUCUGCUUACUACAGCCUCUAUAGUUUUUCCCUUCCCGGUACUUAUUUAAAAUGUAAAUAAAUAAAAUGCCAGGAAUGCAAGGUCUUGGAAGUGAGAGAAAUAUGCAAAAUAAAGAGAUGAAUUAAGCGGGC